AUGGAUCAUCAGCCUUCAUCACCUCCACCCCAAACUCAAACCCAAAAUAUUCCAAGCAACCCGCAACAGGCUGACUGUCUCAUGGCCGACGUCUCAACCAAAAGAUCCAACCUGCCCAUCCAACCGGUCGCCUCGGGCAGCUCCUCACCCAUCAGGUCGCCUUCCUCAGCCAUAUCCCAAUUCGGGCCUCGUCUGGGACUCACCUGCUUCCCUAAUCCUAUCCCCGAUCCGCUUACCCUGAACUCGACCCAUGGAAUCAUUCAGUCAAACCUACAACCCGUCUAUUGGUUCACGAUCGACAGUCUGCUUAUUUAUCUCAGCUUCUAUCAAGACACCGGUCCCUUGAAUUGUGCUUGUCUCUACAGGUUCUGUUUACAUCUACACGAGUUGCUGGAAGACUCGUCUAUGUCAGAUCGCCGGAUUAUAUUAUAUUCAUCAGAUGACCCCGAUAAGAAGGCAAACGCCGCUCUACUCAUGGCACUAUAUUGCAUGAUUGUGCUUAGAUGGAGCGUGGCCGAUGCCUUGCACCCAAUCUCUCAUCUAGAAGUCCAACCAUUUCGGGACGCGGGUUACUCGAGGGCAGACUUCAACCUAUCUAUACAAAAUGUAUUGUUUGGCGUCAAGAAAGCGAUUGAUCUGAGACUAUUGAAAUUAGAAGAAUUCGACCUCAAAGAAUACGAGACUUUUGAGAAGGUUGAACAUGGCGAUUACAAUUGGCUCUCUCCCCACUUCAUCGCCUUUGCAUCACCCGUCGAAUCGGCAAAUGGCCGAAUCGGGAAAGCUUUUAAAUUAAUCUUGGAUCAGUUCGAGCGCGUCGGAGUCAAACUGGUGAUCCGGCUGAACAAAAAACUCUACGAUGAAACUCGGUUUACAAAAAGAGGGAUGGCUCAUCGAGAAAUGUACUUUGAUGAUGGCACGAAUCCUUCGAUGGAGAUGGUUAGGGAGUUCAUUACGAUCUCUGAAAGGAUUAUUGAAGAAGGUGGCGUCGUGGCUGUUCACUGUAAAGCUGGCCUCGGACGAACUGGGACCUUGAUCGGAGCAUAUCUCAUUUACAAGUAUCGAUUUACAGCUGAAGAAGCUAUUGGAUUCAUGAGAAUCAUGAGACCUGGUACAUGCGUUGGACCUCAGCAACACUUUCUAUACGAGAACCAGCUGACGUGGGUUGAAUGGGCAGCAAGAGACGAAUUGCUGGCAGAACAGCAAACACAAAUAAGUCCCAGCAAGACUGAGCGUCCGAUCACUCCACCACCCGAGAGCCUAGUACCGGCCAUAGCGCUAUCCUCUGCUACUUCCACGCCACCGCCGAAAUCCCAGACAGCCGGGACAACGGCAAUGCCCACAAGUGUCGUACCUGGUCAACCUCGAAAAACGCCGGGGGCCAAGACGCGUCAUAUGGUUGCAGCACCUGAAGGCAAACAGACUGGAAAGAGUCUGAUCGAGCAGGAGGAAGCUCAGGAGCAAACAAGCGAUGGUGAGGGGGAGGAAGAACCACCAGUUAUGCCAAACCGGCCGGUCACUCGGCAAGUACUCGCCCACAAAUUAGCACCUGGCUCGCCUGUCAAAACGAGCAAUCCAGCCCCUACUGCCAAAACUCGACCACGUCCAGCUUCUGCUAUGUCAGAUCAUCGACCGAGAACUACUGCGCCAGUUCCUGGACUCGUCCGCCGAAGCAAGGCUGUCAAGGACCUGGGAACGCUAUUUGAAGGCACUUCGACCAAGGCUGGCGACCCGAAAUCUUCCGCUAUCCCGACACGAUAUAACCUGCGUGGCGUGGGCACAAGAGCGGUCUCGGCGGCAAGCUCGAAUAGUGCAAACCAAGCUAACAGUGCCAACACUCCGACCUCGCCAAGUCGAUUACCCCAGCGGAUCGCCGGAGUUAAGAAGAGAGGAUGCACGGCCACUGGGCCGUCGAACGUGCACAAGGACGAGCUCCUGAACCUGAGAGUUACCGAGGUCCGCAACGGAACUAGCCACCAUCAUCUCCGUGACCAUAAGCAUCUCAAUGGUGCUCCGAAUAACCUCAACCCUCUCGAUCGUAGGAACGUCGGCGCUUCACUCGGCUUGGAUGAAGAUCAGAGGAGCGUUCGGAGAAGGCGGUCUAGUUUGAGCCAUACCGAUCUUGCUAUCUAG